AUGGUUAAAUUAACUACAUCUGAUGCACUUAACUAUCUCAAGAUCGUGAAGGAUGCAUUUCAAGAUGACCGUGAAAAAUAUGAUAGGUUUCUUGUCAUCAUGAAAGACUUCAAAGCUCAAAGAGUUGAUACUAAUGGUGUCAUAUUAAAAGUGAAAGAACUCUUCAAGGGGCAUGAAGACUUGCUUUUGGGUUUCAAUACAUUCUUGCCAAAGGGUUUCGAGAUAACUCUCGGAGGUGACCAAACCAAGAACGUUGACUUUGACGAUACACUCAGUUUUAUCAAGAAGGUCAAGACAAGGUUUCACGACGAUAAACGUGCAUACAACUCAUUUUUAGACGUAUUGAACAAGUGCAAAAAGGAAAGGAUGGGCAUUUCUGAGGUCCAUUAUGAGGUGGCUAUCCUUUUCCGAGACCAUCAAGAUUUGCUUGUGGAAUUCGAACAAUUUAUCCCUCUUUUUAGAUUAAGAUGA